AUGAAUCCGCCGACCAUAGAGACCCGUGAAAAGCGUGAGGGUGCUCACAACACAGUUACAUAUUCCAUGUCAUCACUCGGAAUCACUCAGCAAAAUGCGGGAGCAUCUCCCGCACAGACACUUCACAUCCGAACGAACGAUGGAGAUCCUGGGCGCAUAGUUUCAGUGCUUGACACCAAUGGCCCCUGGAAUACUGGCUCUUCCAUCACGCCCAUCGACCGGAGACUCCCCCAGAGCACUGGCCGCGAACCUAACAAUCCGAUGUGUGAAUGGGCGCCUUGUCCGACGAGGGGAAUAAGAAAGAGCCGUCAAGGAAAGCGAGAAGAAGUACCUUCAGGUAGACAUCUAUUAUUGACUCUUCGGGGUCACCCACUUACCAUAGGCCUUUACUAUGUCGACAACUACACCUUCGCCAUUGCGAAACUGCGACCUUCAAGCUUAAUGCCGCUUGAGGUUCAGAAGUGUGAGCUGGGCUGGAUACUGUUCGCCGCCAGGAUCUCCGCGUUCAGUGUCCUCCCAGCUCCCCCUUCUCAACUAGAACGACUGGGACGCCUCGUACUCAUGCGAGAAGCCUCCACAGGCAUCAGGCCGCUUGGAAGUCUAGAAGUGAUCUCCGCGUUCAGUGUCCGCCCAGCUCACACUUCUGAUAGUGCUAGGGCGCCGGAUUCCCCACAUACACAAAUUUUCCAGACUCUCCGGAAUGGUCGCACCGAGCUCAAAAGCCUGGCUCAAGUAGCCGCGAUCUUUGUGGAAGAACGAGUCACUGGCCCCAUCAGAACCGAGAUAGUUCUGGGUUGUGGAGCACAACACAGACCGAGUGGCCAUUAUUGA